AUGUUUUCCAUCGCCGAGCCCCAGCUCGUGGCUGCCUGCGGAGACGCAUCUGAGGUAGACGAAACAUCGCCAUUGCUGGCCGUAAGCUCACAAGAGGAUGCCCAAUGUGUUGAUCUAGAAAGCCAAAAGGGCGUGGCCCGGAGGGAGUCUUUCGGAAGCCGAAUGGCCAGCAUUCUCUCUCUUGUCAGCAACCCGAAGCACUGGGACCGCAACGCGCUCUGGGAUAAUGUUGUUGUCGCUCCAGUGGCCUGCUUUCCGGCCGUCGUGGUCGGCCUGCUUCUCAACAUCUUGGAUGCCUUGUCAUAUGGGAUCUCAAUGUUCUACGUGAGCUGCAUCAUCUCGCAGUUGACCAUUUCGACGGGAAGCAUCUUCAAGGGCGGAGUUGGCUCCGAAUUGAUCGAAGUCGUGCCCUUCUUCCACAACAUGGCUGCCACCAUCACCAAUACGGUUGGGGAAGACAAACCCGACGCCGUCAUCGCAACCACCAUCACCUCGUACGCACUGAGCUCGAUGUUUACGGGUGCCUUGUUCUAUCUGAUGGCCAAAUUCAAAGCUGGUUAUCUCAUUAGUUUCAUUCCCCAUCACAUUCUACUCGGAUGCAUCGGGGGCGUCGGGUGGUUCCUAGUUGUCACGGGAUUCGACGUGACUGCGCGGAUGGACGGCGGCCUAAAGUACGACUUGGACACGCUCAAGCGCCUCGUGCAGGCUGACACCGUCCCCCUUUGGAUCAUCCCUCUUACACUUGGUGUCAUCUUAUUUUAUGGCCAGCCCAGAAUCCGGUCCAAAUAUUUUCUCUCGCUAUAUAUCCUCGCCAUCCCCGCAGCCUUCUACGCAUUAACUGGGGUAUUGAACGAGCCAAACCUGGACCGCCUUAGAAGGCGGGGUUGGGUGUUCACCGGUCCACCUGCAGAUGAGCCUUGGUGGCACUUCUAUACGCUGUACAAGCUGGACCAAGUGCACUGGGGAGCCAUUGCGCAUUGCCUCCCUACAAUGCUCGCCCUGACCUUCUUCUCCAUCCUCCAUGUCCCCAUCAACGUCCCGUCCCUCGCCCUCAACCUGGGCAAAGAUGACGUCGACGUGGACCAUGAGCUCAAGCUACACGGCUACUCGAAUUUCCUGUCCGGGCUGGCCGGUAGCAUACAAAACUAUCUCGUCUACUCCAACAGCCUACUCUUCAUGCGCUCCGGAGGGAACUCUCGGCUUGCUGGAAUCGAGCUGGCCGUGUUUACUUUUCUUAUCAUGUUGAUCGGCCCUUCGCUGAUCGGCUUCAUUCCUGUCAUGAUGGUCGGCGUACUCAUAUUUGACCUCGGAUUCGAGCUGCUCUGUGAGGCUGUGUGGCUGCCGCGGAAGACACUGAAGCCUGUCGAGUACUUCACCGUGGUGACGAUCAUCCUCAUCAUGGGUAUUUACAACUUCAUGAUCGGCAUCGGCGUGGGCAUUGUGAUGGGGUUCAUGUCAGCAGCUUUUAUACAGCAAUAA